AUGAAGGUCAACACCUGUCUGUCCGUGGCUGCAAGCCUUGUGGUUUCGCCAGCGCUAGCUGACUCCUGUACUCCUUUUCCAUCCUCCCUUGUUGCCUUUUCGAGCGAUUUCAAGCAACCAGAACCGCCGCUGGUCAAAUCCGAAUUUGAGACUCAGUUUGUCCAGCAUAAGUGGAAUCAAAACCUGUCUCACAUCACAACCGGAUACAUACUCAACUCCCCUUCCAAAGGCUUCGUUCGGGUCGAUCAAGCAAACGAUGAGGGGUUCGGGACCUCGUUGUUCAACUAUGCAAACGUCACUCAAGAUGGUCAGGUCGAUAACAUCCUAACAAUGUAUAACGCCAACUCUACAACUCCAUACAUCUGGCAGGGUUAUGUGAACUCAAACUUCCCCAUCUUCCAGGAAGAUAUCCUGGUCCAGGCUGGGGCUGUGUUCAGCGGCGUUGUCAAAAGAACCUUUUGGCCUGGGCAAAUUGCCGCUUGGAACAUCAUUUACCAGGGAGUGAUCCCCGUGACCGUAUUCGUCAACACCUGCAAUGUUGUAGUUGGUUAUGACUACUUCGCUCCUGUGGAGAGAACUCAAGUAAUCACCGAGUUUUUCGACCUCAAGGCUGAGUAA